AUGAAUUAGCUGAUGCUGAACGUGAGUUAAAUAUAAUAGAUUAUGAACUUUUUCGUGAAUCAUUACAAGCUGGGAUAGAAAAUACUUUAAACAGAUUUAUUCCUUCAUUACAAGAAAUCUCUUACGUCUACGUUUUGAAAGAAGAUCUGUCUAAUAGAAAUUUAACUACUUUUGGACUAUUAGAAGCAUUAAAACAAUCUGAUUUUUUUGAAGAGUUUGAAGUAUUUGCAAAUUCUGAUAGAGCAGAACUAGCAAAAUUUCCUCUAAUACAUGAAUUUGUCAAAUUUUGCAUAUGGAGC